AAUAACAUUCAUUCUGAAUACGCCUUUAUAAUAGUUUUCUGAUCAACUAUUUUAAUUAUUUGUUUAUUGUACUUAUUUAUUUAUAAAACAGUAAUACUAGCAGAAUUUUCCAAAAAAAAAUAAAUCGUAGUCUUUAUAUUGUUAUUUAACUACAAAUAUGAGUAACGAUCAAAAAAAUAUGCCCGAUGUAAUAACCAAUUUAGAUUCACUUAGUUUAGCUAACUAUGACUUUUCACUAUCAUUAUAUUCGAAAUUUUCCAAACAAGAUGGUAAUAUAAUUUAUUCUCCAUUCAGCAUUCAUGUUAUUAUGUUUAUGGCUAGUGUUGGAGCAGCAGGAAAAACAUUUGAUGAAAUAAUUAAUACAAUUUAUUUAACCAAAGAUAAUCAUUUAUUAGAUGCGUAUAAAGAACUUUUAGAUAAUUUAAACGAACAUAAUGUAUUAAAAAUAGCUACUGGAAUGUUCAUCGAUAAUUCAUUUAAAGUUAAACAACAUUAUAUUGAUAAAACAUGUAAAUAUUUAAAUUCGACAAUGGAAAAAGUAAACUUCAAAGAAAACCCAGAACAUCAACGUGAAUAUAUUAACAGUUGGGUUGAAAACAAAACAAAUGGAAAAAUUAAAGAUUUAUUCUCAGCUGAGUCAAUUAAUAAAGACACUGCAUUAGUAUUAGCAAAUGCUAUUCAUUUCAAAAAUGGCUGGAAACACAAAUUUUCUGACACAGUUGAUGAGCCUUUUUACAUUUCUAAGGGUAAUGAAAUCAAUGUAAAAAUGAUGACACUUACUAAAAAUGUAUACUACUUCCACAAUGAACAUUUAAAGUAUGCUGCUCUAGAAUUACCUUAUGAUAAAAACUAUUAUAGAAUGAUAAUUUUAUUACCUGAUGCUAAAGAUGGGAUAGAUAGUCUUGAAAACAAUUUAUCAAACAUCAAAUUAUCAGAGCUCUCGAAAAAAAUGACUACUUACAAUGUCAAUGUAAAAUUACCAAGAUUUAAAAUUGAACAAUCAUUUGAUUUAGAAAAUGUGUUAGCUGAGCUUGGCUGCUCAUCUAUGUUCUCACGUGAAGCAAAUUUUUCUGAAAUUUGUGAUUCACCAAAUGAUACAUUAUGUGUAAGUAAAGUUGUUCACAAAGCUUUUAUUGAUGUUGAUGAAAAUGGAACAGAAGCAGCAGCUGCAACAGGAAUGGCAUUUAUGGCAUAUAUGAGUGCUAGUUUUACAAAAAUCGAAAGAGCUACUUUUAUUGCUGAUCAUCCAUUUAUUUUUAUAAUUUAUACUCAUGGUGGUGAUGUCUUAUUUAUUGGACGUGUAAUGAAACCUGUAAUUUAAGUAAUAUAAUGUUUAAGAUAUCAAAAUUGUAUUAUUUUAAAAUGUAUGAAUUUCUUUUAAAAAAUAAUGGUUCCAAUAAUUGUUAAUUUAUCUAAAGUUUUAAAAAUUAUAGAGCUGUUAUAAUUAAUAUUUGUUAGAUGAUGCACUAUAGAUUUCUCUUAAAUAAAUAUUGAUUAUUUCCUAGCUCUAUUUAUAUUAUUUUAUUUGUACUUCAUAAUUAUUAGGCAAAAUUGAUUUUUAAUUGAACUAUUAUUAUCUAACAGAUAUGUUUUUUGUUAAAAAAAGAUAAUGCUCUCUUAUUUUAAUAAUUUUUUAACAUUUAAAAUAAUAUGUAAAAUAUAAAUAUUUUAUAAUAUUUUAAUAGGCAUAUAUUUUUUAAUAAAAAAUGUUUUAUUAAAAAUAUAAUAUAUUAAUAUGAAUAUAUAAAUGUGGGAAAUGACAGGCAACAACAGGAACAGAACAAAGACACAAUACUAUUAUUACAAUAUAUAUUAUUAUUCACACACAAAAACCCUGUUAAACAUUCAUAAACUAAAAAAUAUAUAAAUUAAAUACAUAAAUUAAUUAAAUCGCACACAAUUACAAAAACACACUUUAGACAACUCAUGACUAAAUUUAAGUUAACCUAAUGUUAAUAUAUGAUGAUACCACUAUCUACCUCCAGAUCCUGGAAGUAGUGCCCUCUAGACAUCAAUGAUACCCACAUAAAUAUAUUUAUAUUUAUAGUUAAAAUCUGUUUAUUAAAAAAUUUUUAUAUUAAUCAUUAAGCAACUUAAGCUUUAAUUUUAAUAUUUAAUUAACAAUGUUAUUAUAAAAUGUAUAAAGAAUUUUUUUUAA